AUGAUGGAGAACCGACCGCCCCUCACAUCACCAGAUGGAUCCAGUAACAGAAAUCCACAAGAGAGAUGUCCCCGUCCUCUGUAUUCCUGGGACUCCACACAGGAAGAUCAGGAGGAUCAGGGAGAUUGUGUCAAUAAUCUGAAACCCACACAGAUAGAAGAUGAAAUGUGUGUGAAUACUGUUGUGCAGCAUAAGGAGAAGCAAGUUCCUACAGGUGGAGCUAUCCGCAAAAGCCCCCCACGGAGAUGUCUUAGUCCUUUUAAUUCCUGGAAUUCUACACAGAAAAACAUCACAAGAUCUCCUAUGAAGAUCAGCAGGACUGUCGGUCGAACGAUAAAGCUGUAAACACAGAGCGAGCAGAAGACAAAUUUUUGAGGAUUGAUAUAAAGAAAGAGCGUGAAUGUUGGUUGAAUGUUGAAACGGAAGUCAAAGAGAAAGAAGAAAACAAGACUUUAAGGAUUGAUAUGGAGAAAGAGCAGCAAGAACAUCCCUUGAAUAUUAAAGCUAAACCCGCAGAGAGAGUACAAAACAAAUUCCUAAGGAUUGAUCUACAGGAGGAACGUGAAUGUCAUUCGAACAUUAAUGCCGAAGUCAAAGAAAAAGAAGGAAACAAUACUUUGAGGAUUGAAAUGCAGAAAGAGAAGCAUGAACAUCAGUUGAACGUCAAAGCUGAAGUCACACCGAAAGUACAAGACAAGUUUCUGAGGAUUGACGUACAGAAGGAUCGGGAAUGUCAGUUGAGCAUUAGAGCUGAAGUCGAAGAAAACAAGACUUUGAGGAUUGAUAUGCAGAAAGAGAAACUGAAUGUUAAAGCUGAAGUCACGCCGAGAGUACAAGACAAGUUUCUGAGGAUUGACGUACAGAAGGAUCGGGAAUGUCAGUUGAACAUUAAAGCUGAAAUCGAAGAAGACAAGGCUUUGAGGAUUGAUAUGCAGAAAGAAAAGCGUGAUCAUCAGUUGAAUGUAAAAGCUGAAAUCACACCGAAAGUACAAGAUAAAUAUUUAAGGAUUAAUGUGCAGAAGGAUCGUGAAUGUCAGUUGAACGCUAAAGCUGAAGUCAAAGGAAAAGAAGAAAACAAGAUUUUGAAGAUUGAUAUUCAGAAAGAGAAGCGUGAAUAUCAGUUGAAUACGAAAGAUGAGGUCACAGGAAAAGUGGAAGACAAAUUUUUAAAGAUGGAAACGCAAAAGAAGCGUCCGCAUGAGCAUCAGUUGAACUUUAAAGCUGAAAUUGCAGAGAGACAAGAAAACAAGUUUUUGAGGACUGAUGUGCAGAAAGAGUGGGACGUUCCAUUACAAAGAUCCAUUAGAAAUACACCAAAGGGAUGUCCCAGUCCUCUUCAUCACUGGGAUUCCACAAAGGAACAUCAAAAGGUCCUCCGGGAUGAAAAGGGCAAACGUUUAAAGAAUAUUAAAAUUGAAGCAACGGACAGCGACGAUGAGACGUGUUUGUGGAGAGACCCAACGUGUAAAGAGGAGGACGUUUCCACAGAUGGAUCCAAUAACAGAAACACACCAGAGAGAUGUCGAAGUCCUCUUUAUUCCUGGGAUUCUCCCCUGGAAAAUGACAAGAUCUUAUCGAAAUAUCAGGAAGAAAGGUUGUCUCAGUGUCAAGCUGGUGGUAGAGGAGCACCAGAGAAGAUGUAUGGGAGGGCAGGGGAACAGCAAAAAGAGGAAAUUCCUUCAGAGAUCGGCACAGAUGGAAGAUACAUGGGGUUCAAUAUGGAUAAAUGUCCCAUGAUCUUUCCGGACAGUGAAAUGGAAGAUGACGUCACAGGAGAUUCUUUAGAAGAAACCCCCAUUGAUGCAAAUCUCUAUUCAAUACCUCAAAGUGUGGGUCAGUCAUCCGGUCCCUCUACCCAUAUGGGGAGUUUCCUCAGUCAUUUACCUGCUGUCCCCAACCGUUCAUAUCGUAGAAGGGGCGAAACCUUUAUGUGCUCCGAGUGCGGCGAAUGUUUUACAGCCAAAGCAAAACUUUUCAAACACCAGAGAGAUCACAUAGUGGAUAAGCCACACUCCUGUCCCGAUUGCGGGAAAUGCUUUGUUGAAAAGUCACAUCUUGUCAAUCAUCAGAGGAGCCACUCGGUGGAAAAGCCCUAUUCGUGUUCGAUAUGCGGGAAGUGUUUUGGAGAGAAAGGGCAUCUGGCCAAUCACGAGAAGAGCCACGCCAAUGAGAAGGAGUUUUUCUGCUACGAGUGUGGCAAAUGUUUUACUCAGAGAGGACACUUCAACAGACACCAAAGACUUCAUACAGGGGAGAAGCCAUAUCCAUGUCCCGAAUGCGGAAAGUGUUUUCCUCACCGGGAAUAUCUCAUUAGGCACCAGAGGGUUCAUGCGGGGCAGAAGCCGUUUUCGUGUGCGGAAUGUGGGAAAUGUUUCACUGACAAGUACGAUCUUGCCAAACAUGAGAGAAUUCACAGCGGCCAUCGCCCGUACUCGUGCCCUGAGUGUGGAAGAAGCUUUACGCAAAAAUCAAACCUAGCUAGGCAUGUUAGAGUCCAUGCAGACUACAACCGUAUUCACGUUCUGACUGUGGGAAACGGCUCGCUAGGGGAGCCUCCGUCCUCUACCGUCUCGGUCCCAACGAAAGACGAGAGGUUCCUGUAUCAGGAUAUGACUGCUGAGUAA